AGUGGCCAUUUUUAUUUUGAAAGCAGCUACAAGCACACCUUGAUAAUGAAGCUUACUUCUGAAGAAUUGUACAAACUGAUGUGUGCAGAGAUAGUUGGUUCAGAAAAAGUUGUUGAAUAUAGAAGACUUUUUUUCAAAAUACAUGACGAAGUAUUUAAUACUCCUCCAUUUUCUGAAAUUCACACACAGAUUUGUAGUGGCAGUAAAGCAGAGGGACUUUUCAUGAAUGGAAGCGACCUAGAUGUUGUGCGGACUAUGUCUAAGUUCAUGGCGUAUAAAUUGGCUACGAGUGUGGUAAACAUCGAUAAGAGAAAGGCAGUUCUAUUUAUGGAUUAUGAGAUGUCAUCACCAGGAUAUGCAAGACUGUGGAUACAUGAUAAAAACCACCCACAAUGGAGAGAUCCUUGGAUAAAAAUUGCCAAUGAUGGACUCUUAUUUUCAAGUAGCCAGUUUAGAGAAUGGAUGAAAGGCGAACAAAGGUCCGUAAUACUGCAGCGGUAUAACUCUUGCAUGUGUACGAUGGGCGCCCACGACCUUACAGGACCAUGUAUUUCAAGCAAUCGACUUGACCAAGCAUUCAGCAUAGUUUGUCAAUCCUGGCCUGAAUCUGCAAUGCCUUGGUUUUCCCGUAAAAGAUCAUACCAUUGCUACACAGACCAUAUGAUAACCAGGCAAAUGGAAAGAGGAAUACUACUUGUUCCAGUAGGAAACAAAACAGAUUCCGUCGACGUGCAUCCUGACGAAUGGAGAAUAUCUUUUACUAUGACAGAGAAAGAUCUGAUACAUUCGUGGAACCAUGUACAAAUGGUUUGCUAUGCUUGUUUGAAAAUGAUGUUGAAGGAGUUUAUCAGGCUAAAAUCAAAAGAUGACAUCAUGACAUCAUAUUUAGUUAAAACUACAUUAUUAUGGAUAUCAGAGGAGAUGAAUCCUAUCGUAUGGUCCCCAGAAAAUCUGUAUAAGUGUUUUCUGCAAUGUAUUAAACGGCUCUCGUAUUAUAUCAAAUUCAGGUUUUUUCCUAACUAUUUUAUACCAAAUUGCAAUAUGAUUAAGUGCACUGCUACUGAACAGUCACUAACUAAUCUGUCAAACCUACUGGUUGAUAUCAGUAUCAAUGGACUUCAGUAUUUAUUACAAUGUGCUUCAUUAUCAGGUUCCCUUAAGCUUAAGCUAGACAGUGGUAUUCCUAUUGGGUUAACAUCGUUUGAUUUUGCAUUACUGCCUUUGCUUUCAUCCUAUUUACCUGAGCCACAGUAUAUGAAUCGUGAAAUCACGGAAAAAUGUAUUAGAGAAAUAAUGUAUUCGACUUCAACGAGAGAGAAAAAUCUUUACCUCUUGUUUUUAGUUCGAAGUAUAUAUGAGCGAGCACGGUCAACACUGUACACCUCUUUUGUAGUAAAUAACAAACUUAGUUAUUUAGAACAGAGGCGUCGUCAAUUUGAAGCCAUCUGGACUACAAAUGCGGACGCAGUUACAGGCUGGAUAUGCCUAGCUUUAGUUUUUUAUAUCAAUAGGCAAUAUAGAAAAGCAUUGACUGUUCUUGAAUUUCUCCCUUUGAAGUGUACCAGAAAUAAAAUAAUGAUUUGGUGGAGAACACAUCUCCAGAUGGUGGAUUUCAGAAAUCAUAUGCAGACGAAAGUGGUGUUCAGGGGCAAUUUUUUUCGAAAAUUGAGACAUUGCACAAUGACGUCUUUUAUCCAGAUCAAAUCGCCAGAAAAAGAGGUCACCAAAUAUCUUGACAACAGAAUAAGCUGGCUUUUCACAGUUCCAUCACAACAGUACAUAACAUGUCCACCAGAAACUCUAAUCCAUUUUUUAAGGGUUUUGUGUUUUGUCGGAACGAAAGAAAAUUCCGGUCGCAGUAAGGCAGUGUUAGAUUUAAAAGAUGCUGUAGAAAAUAAUCGAACAGUCAAGGAUCCGUAUUUCCGAUACAUAUCUUACAAGUAUUUAAGAGCAGCAUAUGAACUGGCAAAUGACAUUCCAAGCGCUAUGAGAUGCCAUGAAAUGGUCGGGAAGCUUAAAGAGUUUACUGCCAAACACCCGUCUGAAGUUUAAUACAAAUCUUACAGAAACAAGCUAAAGGCUAACUUCCUGAUUCAUUGUGUGUUCUGAACAUUUGAUAAGUUCAACUUGUUCGCAAGAUAAUAUUUUCCAUUUUAUGAACUUUGAAAACAUGAAUCAUUUAUUCUAAUUUAUCUCUUCAACAUGAUCAACUACUGCAUGCGAAAGUGUUUACUGGACACGCAGUGCUUCAAAAUUUCAAUGGUUUACUAAUGAGCAGGGAUUUAAAAAUAGAUUGUCAUUGCAUUCAACUUUUGUUUCUCUCACACGGGCAAAUAUCUGAUAGUCGAUUAAUUUUGGAAUUUGAAUUUUGGAGUUAAAAUAAUACAUUUAAAACAUUUCCAAAAUUUUAAUGAAUUGCCAUAAAAUCAAAAACGUAUUCAAGAAAAUAUAUUAAUACUUUGCAUAUUUUGCAUAAAAAAUGUAUUAAAAAUAGGAAUUUAGUGCGUCCAACGCGCUUUUCUGAGAAACCUUCAUCAAAACAUUGCAAGAAAAAGAUGUAUAAAUACUUGUGAAGUAAUAUAACCAAAUUUGAACUAAAAAUAAAGUACAUGAAA